GACAUUUCUUGGUCCACCUUUGAAUUAUCACUGCCUGGAAAGAGGAAAUGGCUGUCCAGUUGUAAAAUGUCCAAUCUCAGGCAACCACAAGGCUUUAUGGCACUGGGCAAAGAACGAAAGUGAAAACCUUUGUGCAACUGACUCCUUAGUUAAUUAUACAGCCAGGAAUGCCCCAGCCUGAAAGGUGGGGCUGUUUCCAGGAAGGAGGGAUGAGUGUAGAGAAGUCAGAUAGGAAGGGUUCAAAAGCUGGCUGGUUUGUUUUCUAUCCCCUGGAGAAGUUUAGUCUCAAGGAGGGGGAAAGGUUACGAUUUAGAUGGCCCUGCAUUGUGAAAGAAGCUCUCCAUAAGCGUUAGCUGGAGUUGAGAUUCAUUAACAAGCGCCUACCUUUUUGGAACGUUUCCUUACUUUGGUUUUCUUUGUGUAGCUUAAUUAUUGCUUUCCCUUCUCCUCACCAAAUCUUAUCCAUUGGAACAGCUUUGGACACGGAAGAUGGCUUGAGUGUCACAGAAUUGUUUUGCGCAAGAGAAAAAUGUUCUUCCGUGUUUCUUUCAUGUGAGAAUACCUACUGAAAAUAUUUAGCAAACCAUAAAAGGAAAUCAGAAAAAGAUUGGAAUUUGGAAGCGCAACCAUGAAGGAACUCAGACAGCCAGUGUUUGGUUUCUUCUUUCCUUCUCUAAGCCAUAUGAUUUCUGAAGUGUGAAAAAUCUGCAGAAGAUGACUGGAGCCUCCAGAAAUCCCUGUUCAUCAGUGGCCAUGCGCUUAGACUCUGUCUUCAAAAUAGAGUUUGCCUGGUAUUGGUUAGAUGAAAAGGGCAAAUGGAUUGAAUAUGGAAAAAAGGAUUCAGAACACUGUUCUGCCACAAUAUCCUCAUCUGAAUUGGAGGCUGCUUUUCUUGCUAACCACAAUGGUGUUGCUUACUUCUGUGCUGGUACUCAAUUCUACGAACUAAACUUCCAAGAAAUGGUUCAGAGGAACAUGCACUAUCAAACCAAGAGAAAAGUCUCCAGAAGGCCACGAUGUGUCUUCUUUGGCGGUGGUCACGAAAACAAGGGCCGUCUCUUUGAAUCUUCUCUUCUCCAUGAAAUUCCUUCAAGCUGGGACUGCUCAGCACUGCCUAACAUUGGCUUUGAGCUGGUGACAGUCUCCAAUACUACUGAAGAGUAUAAUGAAAUCAAGAAAUUAUUUAUGAACACAAUGGAAGGCUACACUAUCAAGAGACUCCAAAGAAUUCAGAACCCGUCUCUCUGGGAAGUCUUUCAGUGGGAGAGAGAACAGAUGAAGAAGUUGAACGAAGAGAAGGAAGUGGAAGAAAGGCUUCUCUUCCAUGGUACAAGCACUUCCCACCUGGAUGGUAUCUGUGCAAAUAACUUUGAUUGGCGAAUCUGUGGGACAAAUGGAACUCUAUAUGGGAAAGGGAGUUAUUUUGCCAGAGAUGCCAAGAAGUCCCAUAUAUACUGCCGAUCGAACACUCUCACCAAUAGUAUGGUUGUAGCUAGAGUUCUGGUUGGAAAAUAUGUUCCAGGAAACAGCACUUAUGUUCUCCCCCCGUCUAGACCUAACCAACCAGGCUGUUUUUAUGAUAGCUGUGUGGACGAUGGUUCGGAUCCUUCCAUUUUUGUUAUCUUUGAGAAGCACCAGAUUUACCCAGCAUAUAUCAUUGAAUAUGAGAAAGCACAAGCACCUUCCGAUCGUUGUGUGCUCUUGUAAACGCCUUUGGUCUCCUUGGUUUUUCUCAAAUAGGACAUCAGGAUGGGGUACCCUCCCCUUUGGACUACAGUAUGGACUUCAGAAUUAUUUUUACAAUGUUUCUUGUUUAAAAUACUGCAGCAACUUCCUUCAUCUUUCUUCCAAAUGUGGUCUUACAAACAUGAAACAACUACCAGUUGGACAACCAAUACCCGCUUCUGGAUUAUUGGCAUUGUUUUAGACUCUCUAGUAGAAUGAAACUUUUUGUUUGUUUGUUUCUUUGUUUGAAUAGGAAAUAAACUGUACAAGAUGAUCUUUUCACAAAUCAGUCUUUUAUGUGAUAUGCAGAGCCACUAUGCAUAAAUAACAACUUCACAAGCUGUUCAGGUCCUAGUCGAAAGUGUGUGUAUGCAUGUAUGUGUAUAUGUGUGAGUACACACAUACACAUCCUGUAUCAGGGUUGAAAAUGGUUUUGGAAUUGCAAUUCCCAGAAUCUCUCAGGCGGCAUGAUGUUGUGUCUUCAAGUAGAUUCUGACUUAUGGCAUCUCUGAUGAUGUAGGGUUUUCUUGGCAAGAUUUAUCCAGAGGAGAUUUGCCAUGGCUUUUGUAUGAGGUUGAGAGAAUGUGACUUGCCAGUGGAUUUUCAUGGCUAAGUGGGGGUCUCACAGUUCUAGUCCAUCUCUGAAACCCAUCUGCCUCUUCACAUAACCAUUCCUCAAACACAGCCUUUCUGAACUCUUAUGAAAGGUCUGUCCAAUCCAACAUUUUUUUCUUUAUUAAGCGGUCGUGUCUCUGAAAGACAUGCAAGAAGGACAUGGGCUCAAAGGCACCCCUCCCAAGUUUCUUUGUGCAUAGAGACCCAUUUCUUUUGUGUAUGUCACCCUCCGUAUUUUAGAAGACAUAAACCGGCAGCAUUGGCCCAGCUGCCUUGGCAUGGGGAGGCACACUGUCACAUGAGCAGUAUCAUCUGAGCAGGACAGAAUGGUCAGAAAUCAACUAGUAAUUGACACUUAUGGAAAUGAGCAUAUGUUCUUUUUUACUUCCUUAUGCAAUGCAUUCCUACUGUGUCACACAGUUUUCUUGCACCACUUAACAUUACCUAGAUGUCUUAGUGCACAGGGGAAGGUAAGGAGAAGCCCAGGCAGCAUGUAACAGACAGAAGAAAAGAGCAGCCACCCCCCUCCCAUAUUUUCAGAGAUUAUUCUGGAGAUUUGGGAGAAUUACAGCUGAUCUUUUCUCCUCUGUGCAGAACUGCAACCAAACACUGUCUACUGUUCCUGCUGUAUCCCUUUGGCCACUCAAUGGUCAGGGGGACAUCUACAGACACUGAGAAGGUGCCUUGGACUGUUGUAGUCUGGCAAGCGUCAAAGGAGUCUGAGGAUGAGGGGCUUCAAAAUGAAGCAUCUGAGAGUGUUCAGGGAGAAUUGCAGACAGGUCAUGCUAAUCCAGUUGAUACUUUGAAUUCUUUAGAGUGUUACCAGACAACCAAUAAAACUGAAAGUACUGGUUCCCUUGGCCUUGGGAAGAUAAGAAGGUCAAGGAGGUUUCAAGAGAGUGAAUUUGAGAAUGCAGAACAUGAAAAGUAGGCAAACUAGGUCUUCCCAGGGAAUUUGAGAUAAGGCCCUGAAAUCCAGGUGACUUAGACAUGAUUUCAUGGGAACCUGGAUGGGCUUAAAUUAAGCGCUUUGGCUUCAAGCAGCUCAGAGGAGACGACGUUACUAAAGGGGAAUCACUCUCCUGUUCAUGUUUCCAAGUUCCUGGUUCUUGAAUUGUCAAGAUUCCUGUUUCAUGUCAUGUUCCUGUCUUUGCCUAUGUACCUUUAAAGAGUUUACCUGGGAGAGAUUCUUGUGUUCAUGUUAAUGGAAAUUACCUUUGAUUAUUUCUAUGUCUUUGGAUUUCUUGGUUAUGAGAUUUUUCCCUGGGUAUUUUUGAAUUACUGCUAUUGAACUCUGGCUUAUUUCAUAUACUGCAUGUUAUAUCCUGUCUGUUGCUUUUGGAAUUGAUCUUUUCCCCCUUUUAUAUUUUUCUCAAUAAACAUUUUAUUACUAGA